UCUGUCUCUUUCUGCUGUCAGCUUGGUCGGUGCUGGAGGUGGUUCUUUAUUCUUUCUUUCCGUAACUUCUCGACAGUUGACUUUCGUGAAAUGGCCGAAGAAGCCCCAGAGCUCAAAAGGGAUUCAACCAUGACUGUGACUGCCAAGGAAGGAGCACAAUUUCUUGAAGAGCAAGGGAAAGUACACGAAGAUGCAAAAACAAGGGCGCAGCAAAGAGAACUCGAGGAAAGCGAAGAGGAAGAUGCUGCGAGCAAACUAAAAAGAACUUCGACCAUGGCAGCAACCGCUCAGGAGGGAAGCGAUCUCCUUGGAGAUGAAGAACGCGGUAAAACACGAUCAGAGACCGCCGCCAUGAAAGAAGUGGACGAAGACGCCGAACAAGACGAAAGCGGCGAAGACGACGACGAAGAAGAAGAAGAAGAAGAAGCGGAAAAUGGUAGCUGCGAAGAGAACGGCGAAGAGACACCAGUUGUCAAACGAGAUGGCACGAUGGUUGCGACCGCUGCGGAGGGCGAAAAGUUUUUGGAGGACGCUGGCCACACUGUGGACGGUGGAACACGUGGAGAAACCGAAGCUGUGAAAGCGGCUAUUGAAGAAAGCGUGGAAGAUAAACAAAACGGUGACACGGAAGACGAAAAACCUGACCUGAAGCGAAAGGGAACCAUGCAAGAAACUAUCGAGGAGGGUGAAGAAUUUUUGAAAAAGCAGAAAACCACCAAUGGAGACCAUCAAGAAGAAGAAGUGACGGCUUGACCUUCUCUAUUGUAUUGUGAUACUUUUAUGACUACAGGACAAAAUCGAACACAUUGUACAAUAUAAAUAUAUAUACAUAAAUCACAUUUUCUUCGGACAGCAAGUUUAUACCACAUUUCUCUUUGUGGUAAACGUCAUGUAGCAUUUUAUUGCUUUUUAACAUGGACACUUCUUGUGAUGUUUUGUAUAUGUGUUAAACAGGCCAUUGUUUUCUCUUAUACCUUUUUGCUCUCUCUAGUCUGAUUAACAGUGGUUUCAUUAAGAGAUGGGUAGUGGGAAAAUUGAGGGGCAGUUAGGAUGAUUUUAACUGCCUGGUUUGACCAUCUAGCAGACAGUUUUUGUUAUAAAGAAGUUGAGUUCAAAUAGUUUUACUGCCUGUGAAACCAAUUUCCCUCCUGCUGAAAACAUCAAUGAAAUCCCUAGAUCAAGGCCAUGCAUUCUUUUAUCUCUUUUUAUCUUAACAUGUCAAUAAGAGUUGAGUUGCUUAUCUUGAAUAAUAGUAGUCAAACAUAUUCUAUUCUUGCUCUUUUUGGAGAUCUUGGAAGCUUUUGUAAACAUGUUCAAACAGCCACAGAUGGCGUCAACAAGACAGCAGAAAACAGGAGCAUUAAAAUGUCCUUUUACACAA